UUUCUGGUGCGUCUCUCCUGUUUCAUUAGAUCUCGGGUGAAAAGCGUCUACCACAGAUUAUCUCUGGCAGAGCUGCCGGACAUCCCAAGUGUACCAGAGCUGGCCAAGCUGCUGUGCGACGAAGCGGCAGGUCUACGGUUCAGUCCCGUCCUGUACCCAAAGGCAUCUCAGCUAAUAGUGAACUAUGAUGAGCAUGAGGUGAACAACACCUACAAGUUUGGAGUCAUUUACCAGAGAUUUGGUCAGGUGUCUGAGGAGGAGCUGUCAGGAACAACGAGGAAACGCCGGGCUUUCACAGAGUUCCUGCAGCUGCUGGGAGACACAGUGGAUCUGCAGGACUUCAAAGGGUUUCGGGGGGGUCUGGAUGUGUCUCACGGUCAGACGGGGUCUCAGUCCAUCUACACGGUCCACCGGCAGCAGGAGAUCAUGUUCCACGUGUCCACCAAACUGCCCUUCACCGAGGGAGACGCCCAGCAGCUGCAGAGGAAACGGCACAUCGGAAAUGACAUCGUGGCGCUGGUUUUUCAAGAAGAGGCCACCCCUUUUGUCCCCGACAUGAUCGCCUCCAACUUCCUCCACGCCUUCAUCGUGGUGCAGGCGGAGGAGCCGUGCUCUGAGACCACCUCCUACAAGGUUUCCGUCACAGCGCGAGAGGACGUCCCGCCCUUUGGCCCGCCCCUCCCCGCCCCUGUCUUUAAAAAGGGUCCAGAGUUCAGAGAGUUUCUUCUCACCAAACUCAUCAACGCAGAGCUGGCCUGCUACAAGAGCGACCGCUUCGCCCGACUCGAGGAGCGAACCCGCGCCGCCCUCCUGGACAGCCUCCACGACGAGCUGCAGAGACGCUCCCAGAGCAUGCUGGGAUUGACGUCAGGGCCGGAGGAGGAGGGCCGAGGGGAGAACGGACAGGCCCACGGAGGACUGCUGGAGUCCAUCAAGAGGGCGAUGCGAGGGAGGAGCGUCUCCAUGGAGACCAUGUCGAGGGGCGGGGUUGGACUGCCCACCAGUUUGAGUGGGGGGGGUCUGGCACACCUGAACGUGGAGUGUAACGUCAAGUCUCCCGUGAAGCGGCGCUCGGGACUUUUUCCUCGCCUGCUGAGCGUCGACAGCCAAACAGAGAAGCACAGCCAGAGGAGCCUCCUCGGUGAGCAGAGGAGCUUCGACGGCUGCAACCCGAUGCUGGAGGUGAGGCCAGAGCUGCCGUCCAAUCCUAGCUCUCCAGAGGCGGGGCAGCGGGACAGGAUUCACACGAAGAAGGAGAGCAGUAAGAUUUCCAGGUCGACAUCCAGCACCUGCAGCUUCAGCAUCCCAGCUGACGACACACACCUGGCUGCGACGGUAGAAGGUCAGAGUUCAGCUCCGGUCAUCGUGUGCCGCAGCCCCACAGAGCUGAGAAACAAGAACUCGCCCAGAUCCAACCUGAAGUUUCGCUUCGACAAGCUGAGCCACUCCGCCGCACAGGGACACUGAGCUGACAGGACGGCGCUGACAG